AUGGCUAGCAUCUCAACAUCAGCGCUGAGGCAGGCAGGCCGCCUCUGCCGUACUACAGCUGCCUCUCCCCUUAGGAGGCUACCCACCGCGCCGAGGAUCAUCGCGGGACCCAUCCAGCAGUUCACGCAGCGACGGAACGUUUCCGAGACGAGGCAGGACCACGCACAGGUCAAUGUCGAUACCGCUAUCAAGCUGGACAAGAAGGAUUUCAUCGACCAGUCUCCCGAUGGCUCCAACGUUGUGGUGAGUCCAAUGGCCGAAGUGCUCAAGCAGGUCACGACCAUGGAGGAAGGCCAGAGGCCCAUCUACCUCGACAUGCAAGCGACUACGCCCGUUGACCCGCGAAGCGAGUCCGCUGUCGAGGAAGCUCGCGAGCAUAUUGCGAAGCUUAUUGGUGCCGACUCCAAGGAAAUCAUCUUCACGAGUGGUGCCACCGAGAGCAAUAACAUGAGCAUCAAAGGUGUUGCGCGAUUCUUCGGGAGGUCCGGCAAGAAGAAGCACAUCAUCACUACCCAGACCGAACACAAGUGCGUGCUCGACAGCUGUCGGCAUCUCCAGGACGAGGGUUUCGAGAUCACCUACCUGCCCGUAAACAACUCCGGCCUUAUCGAUUUGGCUCAGCUCGAGGCCGCUAUCAAGCCUGAGACUGCCCUUGUGAGCAUCAUGACCGUGAACAACGAGAUUGGUGUGAUCCAGCCCAUGGAGGAAAUUGGCAAGCUGUGCCGCAAGAACAAGGUCUUUUUCCACACGGAUGCCGCACAGGCCGUUGGCAAGAUGCCUCUUGACGUGAACGCGAUGAACAUCGAUCUCAUGUCGAUCUCGUCCCACAAGAUCUAUGGCCCCAAGGGAAUUGGUGCCUGCUAUGUUAGGCGACGCCCUCGUGUCAGAUUGGAUCCCAUCAUUACCGGAGGUGGUCAAGAACGUGGCCUACGCAGCGGCACGCUCGCGCCUCCGCUGAUCGUCGGCUUUGGUGAGGCGUGCCGCAUCGCUCCCGUGACAAGGACAAUUGUUGUGACACAGCAUCCCUACGAUUCGAAGCGCAUCAAGGCACUGUCCGAUCGGCUCCUCGGCGGUCUCCUCUCUAUGGAGCACACGAACCAGAACGGCGACCCGAACCAUUUCUAUCCCGGCUGCGUCAACGUGUCUUUCGCCUACGUCGAGGGCGAGUCGCUGCUCAUGGCGCUGAAGGAUAUUGCUCUGUCGUCCGGCAGUGCUUGCACCUCGGCUUCUCUGGAGCCUAGCUACGUUUUGCGGGCCCUGGGUAACAGCGAUGAGAGUGCGCACAGCAGUAUCCGAUUCGGCAUUGGCCGCUUCACCACCGAAGCGGAGAUUGACUACGUUCUGAAGGCCGUCCAGGAGCGUGUCGAUUUCCUCCGUGAGCUGAGUCCUCUGUGGGAGCUUGUCCAGGACGGUGUCGACCUCAGCACGAUCCAAUGGAGCCAGCACUAAUUUGCAAGACCUAUGUGAUCGUCUUGGCUGUACGAGAGGAAAUGGGUUUUAACUAGCGGGUUCCUCGUUUAGGGGCCACCCUUGUGGAUUUUAGUUUCUGUAAUACCACCAGGCGAGGAUGAUUGAGCGAGGCCUGUCACUAGGCCAGUCAUUCUUUCUUUACGGGAAUCUCGGAGUUUGGCUUAGGAGGUGGGGAGAGGAGCGGGCAUAAAGUGCUUCCAGUAUCAGAGGCCUCCUGUCGAUAGGGACAAAUAUGGGCUCACAUGGCACAAGAGGAAGCCAGUUGGUGUAUCACGACUAGUGGGAAGCCUGAUGACGUUGGCUGAAGAAUUCACACCAAACAAUGAACACAUCUGAAACACAA